AUGGCAUAUGCCCAGAACCGUCUGGAGGAGGCCAAGGAGAUCUAUGACCAGUCGCCACAAAGGACCAUGGUGACGUAUAACACAAUGGUCACGGCAUAUUCCCAGAACGGGCAUCUCCAGUGUGUCAAGGCCUUGUUUGAUGGGAUGGAGCAGCAAGACAUUGUGUCAUGGAACGCCAUGCUAGCACCAUAUGCCCAGAGCAGGCACGACACCCAGACCGUCGAUCUCUUCGAGUCCAUGGACAUCGACGGCGUCACGCCCAACCACGUGUCACUCAUCUCUGCACUGGACGCAUGCAGCAUGGUCGGGGAGCUGCGGCUGGCAGACACACUGUACGAUGCAGCGCUGACUCUUGGGUGUAUGGGCGACUACAAGGUGUGUAUGGCACUUGUAAACGCGUAUGGCUGGUGUGGCAGCCUGGGCAAUGCCAAGUGGAUAUUUGACCCCCUAAGAGUGAUGAGAUUACAGCCUGGAAUCCUGUAUCUGGUGGGCAAGAACCUCAGCGAUGCCAAAUCACUAGUUUUUUUCCAUGCCCGCGCGCAAUCACAUCUCCUGGAACAUCAUGAUGGUCGCAUUUGGGCGAAGUGGAUUCCAUUGCCAAGCCCUGGAUUGCUUCUGGCUAAUGGAUCUCAAUGGAAUCUCCCCGGACAGCGCCACUUUUGUGAAUCUGUUGGAUUUGUGCUCCACAUUGGAAGAGGGCAAGACCAUACAUGCCUGCACAGAGGAGAGUGGUUAUGCAACCCAUGGUGA